AUCUUCUUUUCAUUAUCAAGUACUUUCCAUUGAAUACCAAUUACUGACUAUGGCGUUUGAAGGGAUUGUUGCUAAUGGUGUAACAGAAAUUUUGAAGAAAUUGGUUCCGGUUAUUGCUCGAGAAAUUAGUCUGGCGUGGGGUGUCGAAGAUGAUCUGAAAAAGCUUCAAGACACUUUAGAGAUGAUUCUACUUGUAAUAGCUGAUGCUGAGAGGAAACAGAUCAAUGAUGCAGCUGUACGCCUUUGGUUAAGGAGGCUUAAAGAUGUUGCCUAUGAUGCAGUCGAUGUGAUGGAUGAGUUUUCCUAUGAAACCAUGCGGAGGUGUGAAAGGGGGAACCGCUUGAGGAUCAAGGCUCGUGAUUUCGUUUCAUCCACCAACACACUAGCAUUUCAUUUCAAGAUGGCUAGGAAAAUCAAACAUAUAAAUCAGAGAUUAGCUGAAAUCACCGAAGAUAUGAGUAGGUUUCAGUUGCAAACUACACCUGCUAGCAAUACUGUUACUCUUCCUGGUGAAAACAGUGAGCACCGGAGCCGAGAAACCGCGCCCUGUAUUAAUAAAUCAAACAUUAUAGGGAGGGAGGAUGAAAAGGAGAAAGUAGUAAACAUGUUAACCAAAGUCAUACCAUCAUCAACAACACCAUCUGGUUCUGAUAGAAAUACGGAAAAGGUCUCUGUGGUUUCCAUAGUUGGUAUGGGAGGUCUAGGCAAGACAACUCUAGCUCAGCUCGUCUACAAUGAUGAGAUGGUAAAUAAACUUUUUGAGUUAAAAUUGUGGGUCCAUGUAUCCGAAGAAUUUGAUGUGGAAAAGCUCUUAACAACAAUUAUGGAGUCCUCCACUAAGAACAAGUUUGAUUCUCCGUCAAACUUUGCUGUACUGGUAAGUAAAGUUCAGGAACAACUAAAUGGGAAGAGAUAUUUGCUAGUUCUUGACGAUUUAUGGAACCAGAACGCUGAGCAAUGGGAUAGACUCUACAGCCCGUUGCUUGUUGGGGCUCAAGGGAGUAAAAUAUUAAUCACUACUCGCAAAACUCAAGUUGCAGAUAUGGUUAAGGGGAGUAUUCCUCCUUACAAAUUGGGGAAGUUACAGGAUGAUGAAUGUUGGUCUAUCAUGGAGAAGAGAGCAUUUUCUCCAGGUGGAGCAGUAAAGACUCCAACCAUGACAAGCAUUGGAAAAGGAAUAGAAAAAAAAUGUAGUGGCGUACCGCUUGCAGCAAAAAUCUUGGGGGGUCUCAUGCGCUUAAAAAAUAAAGAAGGCGAUUGGUUGUCAAUUCAAGAACUUGACGUUUUGAAUACAAGAGAAGGUCAAAGCGAAAUCAUACAAAUACUAAAGUUGAGCUAUGACAACUUGUCGCCUGAUUUGAAACAAUGUUUCUCCUACUGCUCUAUAUUUCCCAAAGGUUGGGAGAUAAAUAGAGUAACACUGAUUCAGCUGUGGAUAGCAGAAGGAUUUCUCGACACUUGUAAUGUGGGAAAGAGAAGAUCAAUUGAAGACAUCGCGGAUGAAUACUUUGAGAGUUUGGUAUCGAGCUCAUUUCUGGAUCGCGAGGAUUGGAGCUUCUUGGGUGACAUAAAGACGUGCAAGAUGCAUGAUCUCGUCCAUGAUCUUGCAAAAUCUGUUGCCGGGGAUCAGGAAUUGGCGUCUCUCAAGGUGAGUGAGUUGAAUAAUACUUCUGAAAUACGUCGGUUACAGUUAAUAUUGGAUGUGGAUUUAUCAUCAACAGAAUUUCUGAAAAGCUUCAGUAACGCGAAGAAGUUGCGGACACUUUUUAUCCCUGAAGGUUCAAACCUGGUAGAUCCUUCUAUUUUCUCAGAAAAUAAGCACUUACGCAUCUUACAUGUGGGUCGUUCACCAAAUCAUUCUUUUCCAAAGUUUCCUUCUUUUAGUUUCAAGCUGAGACAUUUAAGGUAUCUUCACCUUACCUCCAUUGAUCUUAGAGAAGUAGAGAAUGAUGAGUCCAUCAAUAAACUUUAUAGUUUGGAGACAUUGGUAUUGAAUCACAUAGCUGGUCGGGUUCAAAUUCUUCUUACCAACAUUCAAUCACUAAAAAAGCUCAGAUACCUUGAAGUCUCAUGGACGGAUAUGGUAGAACUACCUGAUUCUGUUACAAGUCUUUCUAAUUUGCAGACAUUGGAUCUCAACCAUUGCGAACUAAAAGUCAUUCCCGACUCUAUUUCUGGUCUGAAAUCUCUUAGAUUUUUAAAUCUGUCAGUCAACCCUUUUGAAGAAUUACCUGUUUCUGUCACCACCCUCUCCAAUCUGGAAACAUUAGAUGUCAAUACCUGUAAAAAUUUAAAAGCCUUACCAGAGUAUGUGGCAGGUCUUUCUAAACUGAGAAUAUUUGAUUUCAAAAAGUGCCCAUUGCUUAGAGAAUUACCCAAUGAUUUUGGAGCUUUGACUCAGUUAAGAUCUCUUGACCUAGAUGGUACUGAGAUCGAAGUGCUACCAGAGUCUUGUGUUAACCUCAACAACCUUGAGAUGGUGGACCUUCACUGGUGUGAGGUUCCCAAAGAUGUAAAGAAUUGGCCAAAAUUGAAAAGAUUUUAUUAUCGACGGCGAAAUCCGAUACUUGGUUUACGGCAACUAAUUCUCCUUGAAAAGUUGUUUUACAUGGUACCAGAACAACUAAACACAGAAGCCGAAGGUAACGAAGGUCUUGAAGAGUUAGGGAACCUAAACUUUCUUGAGAUGCUGGCUAUCAUGAAUCUUCAUAAUGUGAAAGACCCCGUAGAUGCUGAGAGGGCAAAUCUGAAAGGAAAACAUAAUCUUCGUUUAUUGCAUCUGUAUUGGGACGAGAAUUCGUGUAAUUUGCAAGUAUUAGAAGAAGAAGAAGUGGAUAUGAUGAUGUGGGACGAGAAUUCGUGUAAUUUUCAAGUAUUUGAAGCUCUCCAACCUCCCAAGAGUUUGACAAAAUUGGGUAUUUAUAACUUCAUGGGGUCGGACCUUCCCAUGUGGAUGUGUGUAUCUGGUAUUCCAGAUUUGGUAGAGUUGAAACUCGUAAACUGCGUUGGAAUAAAACAACUACCAGCAUCUAUUGGGCAGCUACCACGUCUUCGAACUCUUGUUCUUAAAGAAAUGUCUUGGAAGAGUUUAGAUAUUGGCGGAUUUCCUUCGUUACUGACUCUCGAACUUGCUGAUAUGUUCCUUCUAGAAGAACUGAGUAAUUCAUAUCCUUCUUGUCUUCAGUCUCUGACUAUCAACGGCUGCGGAAGUUUAACAGAAAUCCCUUCAUUUCCUUCUCUAACGUUAUUGAAAUUAGUGAAGGUCGACAGCAAGUUAGUAUGCUCAGUUGGGAGAAGCCAGACAUCUCUCGCAAAGCUAUUUUUGGAGAAUAUUGAGGAGCUUAUAUACUUCCCAAUAAGAAUACUCCAAAACAAUUGCAAUAUUCAAUCGCUGUACAUUGAAGGUUGUAAUCAGUUGGAAGGCUUUGGUGUAAUUGAAGAUGAGAAGGAGAACAUGGUUCCUCUGUAUGGCGCUGGACUCUACACUGGCUCUCUUAAGGAAUUGUAUCUCUUUGAUUGCCCAGAUUUUAAGUUUCUUCCAGAUUUACGAGGAUGGACUUCUCUUCGGAAAUUAGGCAUUUUCAAUUGCUCACAAGUGAAGGAGUAUUUAAAGUAUGAUCUCAGAGACCUUUCUUUUCUUAAAGAACUGUGGGUUGAUUUUAUUCAGAGAGACGAGAAGCGAGGAGAUCCAUCUUCCCCAGAAAACAUGAUUAAUCUACUGACCAAGUAGCAGGUACGUGCGAUUGGAACCGUAUUUGAGAUCCAUUUCCUCUCUUAGAGAAGUGUAUCCUGAGCUUAUUCAAGGAGACGAGCAGCAUGGAGAAGAUCUAUCUGUUAAAGAAGACUAGUAGCAGGACCUGGAUUUAUUGUAGCAUUGAAAUUUGAAUGAAUAGAAAUGAAGCAGCAGAGAUGAUGAUAAAGCAGAGCCCACUAUUUUGUCAGAAUCCGACUUAGCUCAUAUGCAGGACUUACCGCAAUGGUGAUUACUUGAAACAUGGCCAUUUUUCGUUGU